AUGGAUUCAAAUAACCCUCUAGAGACACCCGCCGGGCAAGAGCAAGGGCAGGCCGCUGUGAGCUCAGGCUCGGACCAGGGCUCCUCGCCAAUCGACCCCAAGAACGUACAACAGAGCUCAGUCUCCCCCCAGAACAACGAUCAGCUUAAUAAUAAUAGCAAGGAACGGGAAAGGAUCACUGUGCCCUCGGCCUGUGUGCCAUGUCGGUCAAAGCACUUAAAGUGUGAUGGCCUGAGCCCGUGCACAAGGUGUUCUUCCAACGGCUUCGAGUGUCUUUACGUGAGAAGUCGACGCGGUUUCAAGGGCCCGCGCAAGAUCGGACUGCAGGGCAAGGCCUCAUCUAUACCGAUACCGGGUGCGCCGCAAGCAUGUCCCCUUAUAACCCCACCAACUGCAACUUCAAGAGCCCCUUCAAAUGUCCCGACUGGCCUGCCUACCCCACCAGACCACCACUUGCUAUCAGGUAAUACGGAUUUGCAGAUAUUUGAAGUGAACCCAGAUCUAGCUACAUACAGUCCAAGACCGCUUUCCUCUGGCUUGGACCUUCGAGAAAGAUGUAUCGAAGCCUUCUUCUACCACUUUUGGCCAACGCAUCCCUUCAUGCUUCCUCGGGCAAACUUUAUGGCCCUGAGGAGGGAGAGGCCAGUUGAUCAGCUGGAAGCUGCAAUGCGAUAUGUCGGCUCAUGUUAUGUUUCACAAGCACCGACCACAGCCCUAGAAGCAGAGGCUGAACGCUCUGUCUAUAAUGCCGACUAUGUCAACGAUGCUUUCAGGGUCCAGGCCAUGUUGAUUCUUGCAAUUGGUCUCGAUGGAAAUACCCAGCAGGAGAAAGCGCUGCAGAUCCUCACCGAUGCUGAGGAUAUCGCUUUGGAUAUUGGCAUGAAUAAACGCAGCUUUGCUUUUCUAAACUCAAACGGUUCGCCAGUAUUAGAAGAGAGCUGGCGCCGAACUUAUUGGGAGCUAUUCCUCAUCGAUGGCAUGAUCGCUGGGGUUCAUCAGAAGAGCUUUUUUCGAAUGAAGGAUGUUAUCGCCGAUGUCCUCUUACCAUGCGAAGAAUGCGAAUAUAUCUCUGGGGUUAUUCCUCAAGCACGCUCAGUUGGGGAUUUUGAAGACGAAUCAUUUGACGGUAAAGACUUCAGCUUCUCUUCAUAUGCUUACAGGCUGGCCGCAAUUCGAAAUCUUGGCAGGAUUCUCACCGUAAAACUGAGUGGUGCCCCACUAGAUUCACCAGCUGUGCAUAGACUUGAUGCUCAUCUGGUCAACUGGAGACUCCAUCUACCGGAACCAAAGAGGACUUGUAUAAGUAAAGAUGGGGUGCUCGAUGAGAUGUUGUUUCAGGCUCACAUGAUUACAGCAGCAACAACUGUCCAGCUUCAUAGAGAGCUUUCUGAACUGGAUUCCAGUGUAGCCAAAGAUGUCACAUCAUGCGCGCCUCAUAAAGAAAUUGUCCCAGGGGAAUCAUACAAUGUACACGCUGCGAAGACUGUUCAAGCCGCGCAAGACAUAUCUAAGCUUAUCGCGAUUCCGGUUCCUUUGCUUAAGCACACGCAUUUCUUCACCUGCGUCGUUACACUUGGAUCGAUUGUGCAUCUGUCCUGCUGGUCAUUACUCAUGCCGCUCACCCAUGAUGACGAUCUCAGACAGCAGCUCCGUCUCAACACAGGAGCUUUGAAGACCCUGUGGCAAGUCUGGCCUUCUGCGGGUAGAGCCUUUCGGCAGGUCAAAGGAGUAGCACAGGACAUCUUCGCGGCUAAGAAACAAUUGGUGGAGAAUGGAUACUGGCCCACUCUUACUGAUGAGGAUGUCAUGCAGAACAUGAUUCAGGACCAGAGUAUUUUGGACGAGUUGCAAAUUCCCGAAUAA